AUGACAAUAAUGUCAGACUAUUCAUAUCUGGUGUUGCUUUUUUUGUGUCUUUGCAACCUCUCUUCUUCAGAAGCUAUCAUCGAUGGAUUCAGUGUGGAGAUAAUCCACCGUGACUCAUCAAAAUCACCAUUCUAUCGUUCCACAGAAACUCAAUUCCAAAGAACUGCUAAUGCCCUGAGUCGUUCCAUUAUCCGUGUCAAUCAUUUCAACCAAUCUUUUGUGUCUCAAAACACACUUCAGGCCCCAGUAACCUCAGCUCCAGGUGAAUAUCUAGUGAAGUAUUCAGUUGGAAGCCCUCCACUCCCGGUCUAUGGAAUUGUUGAUACGGGUAGUGACAUUACUUGGCUGCAAUGCCAACCAUGUAUAAAAAGUUACAAGCAAAUCACUCCUAUCUUUGAUCCUUCAAAAUCCAAAACAUACAAAACCAUCCCUUGCACUUCCAGUACAUGUCGUUUAGUACAAGGUACUUCUUGCCCCUCGGCCACUAGCAAUUGUGUAUAUACUAUUGACUAUGCUGAUGAGACACACUCACAAGGAGAUCUUAGUGAAGAGACCCUUACUUUACUCUCCACCAAUGGCUCUCCUAUCCAAAUUCCUCGAAUUGCAUUUGGAUGUGGUCAUAUCAAUGCUGUUUCCUUUGAAAGAGGAAAUUCUGGCAUAUUUGGCUUAGGACGCGGAGCUGUAUCCCUUAUAAAUCAAUUGCGCUCUUCAAUAGGUGGAAAGUUUUCUUAUUGUUUGGUACCAGCACAUUCACAAUCUACUGUAUCUAGCAAACUCAAUUUUGGAGAUGCUGCUGUGAUUUCUGGGCCUGGGACUUUCUCAACCCCAUUAUUUGCACAAAAUCGAGAACCAUUUUAUUACCUACACUUAGAAGCAUUUAGUGUCGGACGCAAUAGAAUAGAGUUUGGAAGUUCUUCAUCUAAACCUGGUGGAAAUGGAAAUAUCAUAAUUGACUCAGGUACAACACUCACUUUUUUGCCAAAUGAUGUUUACUCAAAGUUGGAAUCAGGAGUUGCAAGUGCAGUUAAGUUGCCGCGUGCUAAGGAUCCUAAUCAAGUGUUGAGACUCUGCUACAAAGCUAAUAGCAUAAAUGCACCAGUGAUCACAGCACAUUUUACUGGUGCAGAUGUCAUUUUAUAUGGUCUCAACACCUUUGUUCAUGUGACAGAUGAGGUUGCAUGUUUGGCUUUCCUGCCAAGUCAAACUGGUGCUGUCUUUGGGAACUUGGCUCAGCAAAACAUUUUGGUCGGCUAUGACCUUCAGAAGAACACAGUGUCCUUUAAACUCGCAGAUUGUUCUAAGCAGUGA